AUGGAUGAAAACGAGAACGACUGGAAUGACUUCAUCAACGGCGCCUUGUUUACCACUAACACCAAUCUCUUAAGCACGACCAAGUUUAGCUCCUUUAUAAUGUUUGGUCGUCAAACACGGCUACCAUUCGACGUUGAAAAAUUUGUGCAGCAGGCCGAAAGGAGGAUGCUUCAGUACAUAGACAAGAUGGCUACGACAAGAAAUGUUGUGGUUUCCCAAGGUAGAACGCAACAUAACCAUAACUCAGGGGAAACAAAACAAGGCAGCAACGAAAGAGGAAAGCAGGCCUAAAUAAGAGCUUUGAGAAGGAAGAUGUUGAGCUGCGACGCAACAUGCUUCAGAAAAGACAAAGCAAGGUCACAAAAUCGAAGAUAAGUGGCUGGGGCCUUACCCAAUAGAGGAAAUUAACUUGGAAAACGGAACAUGUCAGCUACGCGGACGAGUUGAGCAGAUUUUAAGGCGAAAAACUAAUUUGAAGGAUGUUAAGAUUUACAAGCCACAGCAACUGAGUUCAGGAGACGACCAAGAUGGUUUGUCUGCGGCCCAGAAUGAAGAGGUGGAAACUCCACUGUCUGCAGCGUUACUGACUGCAGUACCCCAAAAGGGUGAAGCAACCAGGCCUCCACCUAACUGCAGGCACGAACAGACCAGAGAUACCGCGCAUUCCCCAUUUUCUACUAGUGUACAAGGAGAAGCAACC